AUGACCGACGAAAUUGAUUAUACUGUUAUCAACCCUGAUAAGAGAUGGCGAAUGCUUCGCUCGCAGUGGCGGUUCGCUCUAUGGGCACUGUGGAUAUCCAGCGGUGUUAUGAUGCAGGGGUUCGACAUUGUCGCGGGGAGUCAAUUGGUAUCAUUGCCUGCAUUUCGAAAGCAAUUUGGUAUCCUUGAGCCGACGGGGAACUACCUCAUUCCAGCGUAUUACAUCUCGGCUUGGAGCUCGAUUGCCCCAGCAUGUGAAAUCGUAGCCACCUUUAUUGUUGUUCCUUCACUGGAGAAGUUUGGCCGCAAGCCGGGGAUUAUGGUGGCGACGAUGAUAUCUGUCGCCGGUGUCCUCCUGCAACAGUUGGCCACAGAUUGGCGAACGCACCUUGCCGGCAGAGGAGUCAAUGGAAUUGCUAUUGGUAUCAUGUUUACUAUAUCACCUCUGUGGAUUGGGGAGACAUGUCGACCAGAGCUACGGGGUUUCUUCCUCUGCUUCUUCAAUACGAGCAUUGUGUUUGGUCAGUUUGCGAUUGUUGUUGUCUCAAAGGGAGCAAGUCAUAUUGAUGGAAAAUGGCAAUGGUGGCUCCCGGUGGUGGCCAUGUACAUCUUCCCCUUUAUUCUCACUACAGGAUGGUUUUUCUUCCCUGAGUCGCCAUACUGGCUAGUCCGGUACGGAAAAUCAGCUCAGGCAAAGAAGGAAUUAAGAAAGGUCUACGGCUUCAACGAUGACAAUUUCUACGACAUCGAAAUCCGGAGAAUGGAAGAAGAAAUCCGCCUUGCAGCCGAAAUUCAAGAAACAGCAGACACGCCUAACUACAACGGUCAGCAAAUGGUUGGAGCUACCUUCGUCAUCGGCUACGCGACCUAUUUCCUUGAAUUGAUCCACGUAAAAGCUUAUUUUGAUGCCUCUGUGGUUCUCUACGUCGUCAUGCUUUUGUCCUGGUUUGUUCUAGCGUCGGAAAUUGCUACCAUGCGUCUUCGUGGCGCAACCCAGGGACUUGUCACUAUUUCCAACGCGGUCUGGGGCCUAGUCAUGCAAUUUACCAUCCCUUACAUGAUCAAUCCGGAUGCAGGAAACUUGGGUGGUAAAGUCGGGUUCAUCUUUCUAGGGACGGGACUUGUUGCUGCAAUUGGGGGGUGGUUCUUAUACCCGGAAACAAAGGGAAUCCCGCUCGAGAAAAUUGAUGAACUAUAUGCACUACACGUGGCGCCCAGGCAUUUCAAGCGAGUGGGAAAUGAGCUAGGCCUGGCUGAUGAGCUAGGCCCUGUUGGGGAGACCCAGAAAGGCGAGAGCGUACAUGUUGAAUAG